GUAAAGAGUCUCAAUAGUAAUCUAUCGAGGAUUCAGUCAUCAACUCCGAAGACGGAGAUAGCGGAGGCUGAUAGAGAUGGAAGUGGAGUUGGAACCUCGGGUGAAGCCACUGCCCUACAAGGUCAAGGCCAUGUCUAGGGAAUCGCCGUCGCAGAAGGCGGCGCACGUCCUCGACACUGACCUUCGCACUCACUGGUCCACCGGGACCAAUACAAAAGAAUGGAUUUUGCUUGAACUUGACGAGCCUUGCUUAUUGUCACAUAUACGAAUAUAUAACAAGUCUGUGCUUGAGUGGGAAAUUGCAGUUGGCUUACGUUACAAGCCAGAGACUUUUCUGAAAGUUCGACCACGCUGUGAAGCACCUAGACGUGACAUGAUCUAUCCCACAAACUACACUCCAUGUCGCUAUGUGAAAAUAUCUUGUUUGCGUGGAAAUCCCAUUGCCAUUUUCUUUGUCCAGCUUAUAGGAGCUUCUGUGUCUGGUCUGGAACCUGAGUUUCAACCAGUUGUUAAUUAUUUGUUACCUCAUAUUAUAUCCCACAAACAAGAUCCUCAUGAUAUGCAUCUCCAGUUGUUGCAAGACAUGACAAAUCGGUUGCUUGUGUUUCUUCCACAACUAGAGGCAGACCUUACAAACUUCCUUGACUCUCCAGAGUCUAGCAUACGUUUUCUUGCCAUGCUUGCGGGUCCUUUUUAUCCUAUUCUUCAUGUUGUAAAUGAAAGGACAACUUCGAAAUCUCCUGGCAGUAUAGACUUCAAUGCAUCCAAAAGCAAUCAAUUGUCACCAACUCUAACUGUUUCCACUAACUUUGAGCCAAGGAGAUCACGAGGUGCAUCACCUUUCAUUUUGUCUACAAACAGUUGCAUUGUUUUCCGGCCAGAUGCAAUUUUUGUGCUGCUAAGAAAGGCAUAUAAAGAUUCUGAUCUAGGAUCAGUUUGUAAGAUGGUGUCGAGAAUCAUGCAGAAGCUCAUUGGUCCUGAUUCAGUUCAAGAUGCACCAAAUUCUCAUAGUGAAGUGACAUCAGUCGUGGAUGAGACAUCAAACAAGGAAACAUCUAGUUCUUUCACCUUUCCUGAUUAUUCAAACCUGUUUGGUGAAGAGUUCCAGAUACCUGAUCAGCAGUGGGAUUACAGCUAUCUUAACAUAUUAGAUGUGGGGGCAGUGGAAGAAGGCUUGUUACAUGUUCUUUAUGCUUGUGCAUCGCAGCCUGUUCUUUGCAGCAAGUUGGCAGAGAGAACUUCUGAUUUUUGGGAUCUACUGCCACUUGUACAAGCUCGGCUUCCAGCUUUACGCCCAUGUGUGAGCAGUCCUUUUGACAUCGUUGAUGAUACGUUUUCACCAUGGAUGCAACCUGUUGUGCAACAUGCCUUAUCUCAGAUUGUUGCAACAGCAAUGUCAGAAGCUUACCGAUCACUUCUUCAUGCUUGUGCUGGCUAUCUGUCAUCAUUUUCACCAUCUCACGCAAGGGCUGCAUGUGUCCUGAUUGAUUUGUGCUCUGGUGUGCUUGCUCCCUGGAUGUCACAGGUUGUUGCAAAGGUUGAUCUUGCAGUAGAGCUUCUAGAGGAUCUUUUGGGCAUAAUCCAGGAUGCAUGCCAUUCUCUUGUCCGUGCUCGUGCUGCUUUGAAGUACAUUGUGCUGGCUCUGUCUGGUCAUAUGGAUGAUAUAAUGGGAAAAUAUAAGGAAGUUAAGCAUAAGAUCCUCUUUCUUGUGGAGAUGCUAGAGCCUUUUCUGGAUCCUGCCAUAGCUGCAUCAAAGAGCAGAAUAGCUUUUGGAGAUCUGUCUUCUGUAUUUCCAGAGAAGCAGGAAAACAACUGUUUGAUUGCUCUAAAUAUCAUCCGCACUGCUGUACGAAAACCAGCUGUCUUACCUUCUUUGGAAUCUGAAUGGAGGCAUGGAUCAGUUGCUCCAAGUGUGCUCCUAUCAAUAUUGGAACCACACAUGCAAUUGCCACCGGGUAUUGACCUGUGCAAAUCUGCAUCAAAGCCAGUUGAACUUGGGACUGUAUCUCUUUCACCUCUUUCCUGUGUUUUGAAUCAUGGAGGUCCUUUGUCCAAGUCAUAUAGUCAAGACGAGUCUGAUGGUAAAAUGGAUGUUUCAGAGUCAGCAGGGAAAUUGGAUUCUAUUGAAGAUCGCAAUCUACUUUUUGCUCCCCCAGAAUUACAAAGUAUCACAUUGACAAACUAUUCAAAUGUUCCUAAUCAAAAUACCUCUAACCUCAUGGGCAUCAGCUUGGAAUCAAAACAUGCUAUGAAGCAUUCUACCAAACAUUCUCCUAAUUUUGUAUUAGAUGCUGGCUUUGGUGCUGAAUACUUCAACCUACAGGCAGAUUAUUUACAACUUGUAAACUACCAUGAUUGUGAGCUUCGGGCUUCUGAGUUUCGACAUCUGGCUUUAGAUUUGCAUGCUCAAAAUGAUGUUACUGUUGAAAGCCAUGAUGCUGCAAUUGAUGCUUUGUUGCUUGCUGCAGAAUGCCAUGUCAAUCCUUAUUUUAUGUUGUCUUUUGGAGCUUCUCCAAAACUCAUGGACCUUUUGAACAUCAAUGAUAACAAAAUUUCAAGGUCUGAUGAUAUUGUGGAGCUAAAAAGAACUUUUGGAAAUAGUAAAACUAAUUUAGAAACCAUAGCACAUCUUGAAAGGAAAAGAGAUAAACUGGUUCUUCAAAUAUUGCUUGAGGCUGCAGAAAUGGACAGGAAAUACCAAGCAAGACUAUCAAAUGGGGACGAUUGUCCUUAUUCUGCUGAAGGAGUAGAUGAUCAAGUUAUCAAGCUGUCUCCCCUUGAUGUACAAUCUGCAGAUGCAAUUACCUUAGUUCGACAAAACCAAGCUCUUCUGUGCAACUUUCUUGUCCAACGUCUGCAUAGAGAACAAAAUUCAAUGCAUGAAAUUCUUUUGCAGAGUCUUAUCUAUGUUUUACACACAGCCACCAAAUUAUAUUGUCCUCCUGAACUUGUAAUUGAAAUCACAUUAGGAUCUGCUGAAGAAUUUAACAUGAUGCUGAUGUCUUUACAUCUUCAGCUAAAAGAAGGUAGUUUGGAUUUGGCACCAGAAAGACUACAUGGCUUACGACGACGGUGGAUACUACUUCAAAGAUUGGUAGUUGCUACUAGUAGUGGAGAUGAAGAGGGAGAUUUUGGAACUAAUAUCCAUGGUAAAUACCGGCGUGGAAAUUUGGUUCCCUCUUCAGCAUGGAUGCAGAGAAUAUCUCAUUUUUCUGGUUCUGUUUAUCCUUUGGUUCGUUUUCUUGGCUGGAUGGCUGUAUCUCAUAAUGCUAAACAGUACAUGAGGGAUCACAUUUUUCUUGCAUCGGACUUGUCUCAGCUGACAUAUUUGCUUUCAAUAUUUGCUGAUGAUCUUGCUUUUGUUGAUAAUGUUGUCAAUCAAAAAUAUGAAGAGUUUAUUGAAGAUUCACAAGGUGAAAAUGGUCCUUCAACUAAAAAGAGACUUGAAAAUCAUGAGGAUCAAUCUUUCCCUGUAAUUUAUCCAGAACUCUGGAAAUUCUUUCCUAAUAUGAAAAAACAAUUUCAAACAUUUGGAGAAGCCAUUUUAGAGGCCGUUGGGUUGCAACUAAGAUCUGUUUCUUCUACUCUUGUGCCUGAUGUUAUUAGUUGGUUUUCAGAAUUGUGUUUAUGGUCAUUCUCUUCUGCUUCUCCAAGUAUUAAAGAUGUCCUGAAAGGUUAUAAAGCCAAGAAUGCCAGAGCAGUAAUCCUUUAUAUUCUUGAAGCUAUUAUAGCAGAGCACAUGGAAGCCAUGGUUCCUGAGAUACCUAGAGUGGUGCAAGUGCUGGUGUCCCUCUCUGAUUCUGCUUAUUGUGAUGUCUCAUUUCUUGAAUCUGUGAUGCAUUUGUUGAAGCCAAUUAUUUCAUAUUCAUUGUCCAAGGUCUCUCAUGAGGAAAGUUUAUUGAUCAAUGACUCGUGUCAUAACUUUGAGGAGUUAUGCUUUAGUGUUCUUUUUGAUAAGAUUAAACAGAAGAAUGAGAACCAACAUAAUUCUGAGGAUAAGGGAUACAACAUGGCACUGUCUAUUUUUAUUUUGGCUUCUGUUUUUCCUGAUUUAUCCAUUCAUCGUAAAAGGGACUUUUUGCAGUCUUUAUCUAAUUGGGUGAAAUUUUAUUCUUUUGAGCCAACAACAUCUUUUUAUGAUUAUCUCAGUGCAUUUCAAUGCGUUAUGGAUAGCUGCAAAUCACUACUAUUGUGCUUGUUAAGAACUUUUGGUGCUAUUCCUUCUCAGCUGCCUCCCUUCCCUAAUGUGCAUGGUGACAAACUGUUAGAUGAUAAUCCAGUACCAACUAUUGGGUUUCUUAGUGAAAUCUGUCAAACGUCACAUGAAAAUGAUGCUGAGAAAGUGGAAAGUGUUAAUUUGAACACUCUUGUGGAUCAAUACAAUUUAUCUUCUGAUGAUUUAGAAGGAAUUUCUAAAGACAUAGAGGGUCUUAUAACUGAGCUUAACAUAGCAAUUGAGCAAUGCUGGAGUCUUCAUCAUCAGCUUACCAGAAAAUUGACCAUAGUGUCAGCUGAGUGUUUUGUCUUUUUGAAGUGCUUAAUAUCAGUUGCACAAAAAUUCUAUGAUGAUGAUGAUGAUCAAAAUUCUUCACCAUCUAAAUCAGCUGAUCCGGUCACGCUUCAUUGGAGGACUGGUCUAGAAGGCCUUGUUGAAAUGACCUUGAUGCUCCAGGAAACCAGUUGCUGGAAAGUUUCUAGCUUAAUGCUUGAUUGUUUACUUGGAGUACCUUGCAGUUUUUCCCUGGAUAAUGUCAUAGGUGUCAUAUGCUCUGCAAUAAAGAAUGUCUCCUGUUCUGCCCCUAAAAUUUCUUGGCGUUUGCAGACUGAUAAAUGGCUGUCUUCAUUAAUCACAAGAGGCAUAUAUAACAUCCGAGAAAGUGAGGUUCCUCUGAUUGAUCUAUUUUGUAAAUUGUUGGGUCAUGCUGAACCUGAGCAGCGUGCAAUAGCAAUUAAACACUUGAGAAAAAUUAUUGGCCAGUUUGUGAAUGGAGAAAAAUCAGUGGUAUCUCUUAAGGUUUGCAGUGAUUUUGUUCCAAUGAAGUUAGUUGCAUCUGUACCUGAUUUUGUUUUAUCUCAUCUGGUUUCAAGUACAUGGGAUGAGGUUGUUGUACUAGCAUCAUCAGAAUCAACAUUACAGAUAAGGCUUCAAGCCAUGGUACUUCUUUUUGAUUACAUCCCAUUUGCUGAGCGCCAUCAGUUGCAAUCUUUUCUUUCAGCAGCCGAUGGUAUUUGUUGUUUGCAAAAUCUACAACAGACACAUGAUGGUCCAAUCCUACAUCUUUCCUUGGCUCUUAUUGCUGAUGCCUGCUUGUACUUGCCAGCUGAAGAUAUUUCUUUGAUCCCUCAAAAUGUCUGGAGAAAUGUUGAAGCCUUGGGCUCAAUGAAACAUGAUGGCAAGCUUGAGGACUUUGGAAAGAGGGUUUGCCAAGUGUUGUGUAGAUUGAGAGAUGAAGGUGAUGAGGCAAAAGAGGUCCUGAAAGAAAUGCUUUUUUCAAGCUCAUCAAAGCAUUAUGAUCCAGAUUUUGCUAGCACACGUGAAUCCAUCCUCCAGGUCCUUGCCAAUUUAACAGCUGUUCACUCAUACUUUGAUUUAUUCUCAAAGAAAAUUGAUCAAGAUGACAUUGUGCUCGAGGAGGCUGAAAUGGAACUAGACAUUAUACGGAAGGAAUAUGGACAACCAGAACCACCGGAAGAGUCCAAAGACAGAACUCAGAUUCAAGAUGUUCUGCAAAAUUUGAACUCUGCAGCUUCAGGGACGGAAAAUUUACGGCUUCAGCAAAUCAGAGACAGCAUUCUUUACCUGGAAAAGUCCAAACUUAGAGAAGAUAUUGUAGCCCGUAGGCAAAAAAAACUUGGUCUUAGGCAUGACCGCCAAAAAUUUUUGGAAGAGGCGGCCUUACGGGAGGCAGAACUUCUGCAAGAACUUGACAGGGAGAGAGCAAUGGAAAUGGAAAAGGAGCUUGAGAGACAGAGAUUGCUGGAACUUGAGCGUGCAAAAACCAGGGAGCUCCGUCACAAUCUUGAUAUGGAGAAGGAGAGGCAAAUGCAGAGAGAACUUCAGCGCGAACUAGAGCAAGCAGAAUCAGGACAACGACCAUCUCGCCGUGACUAUUCUUCAACUCAUAGUAGUCGACCUCGGGAAAGAUUCCGUGAAAGAGAAAAUGGAAGAUCUGGUAAUGAAGGGAGCAGUAGAGGUGGCAGUGGAAGUUUGCAGCCUGACGUGCCUACCACCACUAGUUCAUCCAUUGCAGCUUCACCAACCAUUGUUCUUUCCGGGUCUCGGCAAUUUUCAGGCCAGCUGCCCACCAUCCUACAGUCACGUGAUCGCCAGGAUGACAGCAGCAGCCUAUAUGAAGAAAAUCUUGAUGGAAGCAAGGAUUCAGGAGAUACUGGCAGCAUCGGGGACCCCGAAUUGGUCUCUGCAUUUGAUGGCCAAUCUAGUGGUUAUGGAUCACAAAGACAGAGUUCUAGGGGAAGCAAGUCUAGGCAAGCCGGAGAACGCAGAGAACGGGACAAUAGACGUGAAGGAAAGUGGGAAAGGAAACAUUCAUAGCUAGUGAAUAGUGAGUUUGAGUUAUAGUUCACUGAUCAGCUGAUACAACAGCCAUGAAGGGGAGGCAAAUAGAAAAAGAACCAUUCAAACCUGACUUAAUUCUCUUCAAGUUUUUGGUCUUCUCUCACCGACAUUGGCAAUGGCGGCGGGAGAAAUAGGGAACCGGGCAUUGUUUAUUGAACUGGUUUCCUUCAUACAGGCUUUCGCGCCUUCUGGGUGAUAUCACUGCAUGACUACAAGCCCAGUUUCAGAUUGAUAAUGGAAUUUUUUGGCUUGUUCGGUUUCUGUUGUGAUUUGCCCUUAAGCUUGUCCAUUGUUUAGUUCUACAAGAUAUUUUGAUCAUAUUGGUGUGCUGUUAUAUCAAAGCUUGUAUGUAUGUAUGUAUAUUUAAUUCAUACAAAGAAAAAUUACAGCUCUUGUUUGGAGAAAUUCCUGGCA